AGGCUUUCUCAUCGAUUUUUAGUUCAGCCCGACACAGUCCUCUGCUGGAGACCCGACGCGGAGGAAUCCCUUUGUUCGGGCCCGACAAGACGCUGUUUCCCUGAGUCACGUGGAGGAAAAUGUCGCAGAAUAGCCAAGUUUCCUCCACGGACACCGUCAAGAUGGUGGUGAAGAGCAACCAGGCGGCCAACGGGAAUGUCCACCAUAUCGCGACCAUUGGUGGUGGUACAGGGCUGGCUGAACUGGCUCACCGAGAGUACCAGACCGGUGACUAUGAGAACGCCGAGAAGCACUGCAUGCAGCUGUGGCGGCAGGACCCGUCAAACACCGCCGUGCUGCUGCUGCUCUCCUCCAUCCACUUCCAGUGCCGGCGCCUCGACAAGUCUGCUCACUUCUCCAUGCUGGCCAUAAAGCAGAACCCCAUGCUGGCCGAGGCGUACAGCAACCUGGGCAAUGUGUACAAGGAGCGUGGACAGCUGCAGGAGGCCUUGGAGAACUACCGGCACGCUGUGAGGCUCAAGCCGGAUUUCAUCGACGGCUACAUCAACCUCGCUGCGGCCCUGGUGGCUGCUAAUGACAUGGAGCAGGCGGUCCAGGCCUAUGUCUCCGCCCUGCAAUACAAUCCCGAGCUGUACUGUGUGAGGAGUGACUUGGGCAACCUCCUGAAAGCCCUUGGAAGAUUGGAUGAAGCGAAGGCGUGCUACCUCAAGGCCAUCGAGACCAGACCGGACUUUGCCGUGGCCUGGAGCAACCUGGGAUGUGUCUUCAACGCUCAGGGCGAGAUCUGGCUGGCCAUCCACCACUUCGAGAAGGCCGUGGCCCUCGACCCUAACUUCCUGGACGCCUACAUCAACCUGGGCAACGUGCUGAAGGAGGCGCGGAUUUUUGACAGGGCAGUCGCAGCAUAUCUCCGAGCCCUGAACCUGUCCCCCAACCAUGCAGUCGUCCACGGCAACCUGGCCUGUGUCUACUAUGAGCAAGGGCUCAUUGACCUCGCCAUCGACACUUACCGGCGGGCCAUCGAACUUCAGCCGAACUUCCCCGACGCUUACUGCAACCUGGCCAACGCCCUCAAGGAGAAGGGGCAGGUCAAUGAGGCCGAGGAGUGCUACAACACGGCCCUGCGUCUCUGCCCCACACACGCCGACUCCCUCAACAAUUUGGCCAACAUCAAGAGAGAGCAGGGUUACACCGAGGAUGCCACACGGCUGUACCUCAAGGCCCUGGAGGUGUUCCCGGAGUUCGCUGCUGCACACUCCAACCUCGCCUCCAUCCUCCAGCAGCAGGGCAAGCUCAACGAGGCUCUCAUGCACUACAAGGAGGCCAUUCGCAUCCAGCCCACCUUUGCCGAUGCCUACAGUAACAUGGGCAACACCCUGAAGGAGAUGCAGGACAUUCAGGGCGCCCUCCAGUGCUACACGCGUGCCAUCCAGAUCAACCCAGCCUUUGCCGACGCACACUCCAACCUGGCCUCCAUCCACAAGGACUCCGGCAACAUUCCCGAGGCCAUCCAGUCGUACCGCACAGCUCUCAAACUCAAGCCGGACUUCCCCGACGCCUACUGCAACCUCGCACACUGCCUGCAAAUCGUGUGCGACUGGACGGACUAUGACGCCCGCAUGAAGAAGCUGGUGUCCAUCGUGGGCGAACAGCUGGAACGCAACCGCCUCCCCUCGGUCCACCCGCACCACUCCAUGCUGUACCCGCUGUCGCACGAGUACCGCCGGGCCAUCGCCAACAGGCACGCCAACCUAUGUAUGGAGAAGGUGAGAAUCAACGUCCUCCACAAGCAGCCAUACAAAUACCCGACAGAGCUGACCCCAGACAACCGCAUCAGAGUGGGGUACGUCUCCUCGGACUUCGGGAACCACCCCACGUCCCAUCUCAUGCAGAGUAUCCCGGGCCUGCACGAUAGGACCAACGUGGAGAUCUUCUGCUACGCGCUCAGUCCUGACGAUGGCACGACUUUCAGGAGCAAGAUUUGCCGAGAGGCCGAGCACUUCAUCGACCUGUCCCAGAUUCCAUGCAACGGUAAAGCCGCCGACCGCAUCAACCAGGACGGCAUCCACAUCCUCGUCAACAUGAACGGCUACACCAAGGGCGCACGCAACGAGAUAUUCGCCCUCCGCCCUGCCCCCGUCCAGGUGAUGUGGUUGGGCUACCCUGGCACCAGCGGAGCUCCCUUCAUGGACUACCUCAUCACCGACCGUGUCACGUCCCCGCUGCGUGUGGCCUCCCAGUAUAGCGAGAAGCUUGCCUACAUGCCAGACACAUUCUUCGUGGGCGACCACAGAAACAUGUUCCCCCACUUGCAGGAGAGAGUGCUGCUGGAGUCUGUGGACAACCCCAAGCUGCUUAACAAUGAGAACUUCAAGGACAACGUGGCUCUCAUCAACACCACCGACCUCAACCCUGUCAUUGAGAGCGCCGAGGUCCUCACCGUCAAGGAAGUCAUCAAGCCAAACACCACCAAGGAUUCGGUUGAGGUGGCUGUGACGGUGGCCCAGCUACCCUCGACAGCCCCCAUUGAGUCCAUGAUUCAGACCGGCCAGGCCCAGGCUACGGUGAACGGCCUAGUGGUGCAGAACGGCCUGGCCACCACACAGAUGAACAACAAGGCCGCCACAGGGGAGGAGCCGCCCAAGAACAUCCUCAUCACCACCAGGAAGCAGUACGGACUCCCCGAGGAUGCCGUCAUUUACUGCAACUUCAACCAGCUGUACAAGAUUGAUCCCUCCACCCUUCAGAUGUGGUGCAAUAUCCUGAAGCGCGUCCCUAAGUCAGUGGUCUGGCUCCUGCGCUUCCCUGCCCACGGCGAGACCAACAUCCUGGCUCAGGCUCAGCAGCUUGGCGUCGGGCCGGGCCGCAUUAUCUUCUCCAACGUGGCCGCCAAGGAGGAGCACGUCCGAAGAGGCCAACUGGCUGACGUAUGCCUCGACACCCCCCUCUGCAACGGCCACACCACAGGUAUGGACGUGCUCUGGGCCGGCACCCCCAUGAUCACACUGUCCGGGGAGACACUUGCCUCCCGCGUGGCCGCCUCUCAGCUGCACUGCCUUGGCACGCCCGAGCUGGUCGCCACAACCCGCCUGGAGUAUGAGGACAUCGCCUGCAAGCUUGGCAACGACAGAGAAUACCUGAAGGCCACGCGCGCCAAAGUGUGGAAGGCACGCAUGGAGUCCCCUCUCUUCGACUGCCGGACCUACGCCCACAACCUGGAGCUGCUCUUCCAGCGUAUGUGGGAGAAGCAGACGACCCACCACAAACCCGACCACAUCACCGAGUGGUAGAGCGGCCUGGGCCCUCCCACGCACGGCAGAGGCCAUGCUGGAAUAUUUAUCGAGGCUUAUUCAGCAGCUCAUGUAAUUUUUUUAAUCCGCUGAAUACAGUCGAAUGCGCUGGAGAUCCUUGGAGUUUUUGCGACGUUCGUUCCGCAUCUGCUGCCAGUCUGUGUUGGGUUGUGUGAGCACUCAUGUGCGUUUGUCUGUCCGUGUGCCUGUGUGCAUGUGUGUGUGUGCGUAUGAGAGGCCAACCGAGCAUGUCGAUGGAGGGGGUGGAGUACGUGUUCUCCGCUCGUUGGCUGUGUUUCGUCGCUCAUUUCCGUCGUCAUCCACGCGGGCCUCUGGAUCCCCCGUGUAAUUUCCGUGUCAAAAACCGUACAUAGUUGUCAUGUAUAGGCUUCACUACUCCUGUGUUGGUGAUCCAUUAUUUAUUUUUCAUGUAUUGGACAUUUAGGCGCAAGUGUAUUUGCUGACCAGGUCUCAAAACAGGACACACACAGUUUUCAUUGUUUCCGCUUCACUCAAGAGGACAGACAGAGAGGGAGAGGAGGAGGAUGUGCCUGGGUGAGAAGAGGGAGAGGCACAGCUGUACAUAGUUGAGUUUCCUAGGUUAGGUUAUCCAAGGCUCAGGAGUUUUAUUGUUAAAGUUUUGGAAGCGGGCAGAGUCGGACAGCGAUUUAUAACAUGAUGUUGAGACGCUGUGGCAACGUUUUGGAGAGUGUGAUUUUGAGGGAGUCCUUGUUACUACCCUUUAUUAUUUCGUUACUGCCGGGUUAGGCGAGUCCAGAGGAGAGGCUCGUCGCAAGGAGGCACCCCAGUUGAUAGUGGUGACCCUCCGCCAAGCUUCGUAGCUCCUGUACAUAUUAGACCAAAGGAGGUGUCGGUGCAAGCAGGCAGACACUUCAGUAUCAGUAAUCAAGGUGUACUCUAUAUACAGAAGGAUGAAAUGUCUGUUUUUAUGGUAAGAGAAAAACUUAAGCUUCACUCGAGUGGUCCGUAGUCCUAGAAUGGCCGUCAUUGGCUUGCCUCCAGAGCGGGUGGUGUAGCCUGCGUCAUGCACCACACCCUCCCGUCAAUGCCCCAUGCACUAACCUUGGCAUAUAAGCCCUACCUAUGCCACCCCUUUGAUAUAACCUUCCCCAGCAUCCACCGAUCACAUGCAAGUUGCUAAGGAUGCAUGGCUUGUGGACUGGUCUGACAUGAUACACAGUUAGCGGGGAAAAGGGGCGGAGCUUACCUGCCAAGACGUAGUGAAUGGCGUAGUAGUGCGACCCGUCAAGUAAUCAAAUUAGCUUUUUUUAUUGGAGUGUAGCACGGGACUGAUUAUUGUCAAGUUUUUCACGUUUACAAGUUCCUCGUGUGGGCAGGGCGUGGGCACAGCUGCCACUCGCGUCGCUGGGUGUCUCGGGCAGGGUAAGGGCUCCAUGUAGCAGUGUCAGCCGUGCCCGGGCCUCCCCACACACACUCUCACCUUGGGACUAUGAGAGGGAGUCUUAUUGAUAUAUUUUUUGACUAUUUUUUUUAAUGAUACACAAGCCAUACUGAUCUUGGUAUGGAGAACGGAAGGUUGAGCCGUGUGUGUGUAAGGUGGCUGUGAGGUGGGCUUGGGCUGGUCCUGGGGCGAGUGUCUUACAGCCCCACCAGCAGCAGCAGCACCAGCAGCCCGCCCCCUCUGGUCAUCCAUCUGUGUACACUAUUUGCUUGCAGGAAAUAAAAAGUCAAGGCUUA